GAACUCUCUCCUCAGUCCCCCCAGAGACCCAGAGGCAGACACGAACGAGAGCCGAGAGACCUAACCAGCCAGCAGCCAGCCGCCACUCCCCGUCGUCCGGCCGGCCGCUCCCUUCCCCGCCACCGUUCGUCCGCCAGUAGUGCCGGCCGGCCGCUCUCUUCCACUGCCCCCUGCCCCGCCCGGCCGCCCGGCUGCCCCCCUCUCCUCGCUAGGCGCCGGCUCGCCCGCGGCGGCGCGGCCCGCCCCCUUCCCCUCGCUGCGAGCUCCUGGGGCACCGGCGAGCUCCAGCAUCCACCCCCUAGGUCCCGAGGCACCCACCGGUCUAGCCAUUCACAUCAAGGACCCUUUUGAAUUCAAGUAUACCAGCUUGGGUCUCAGUUGGAUAGGGGCAGACUUGAAUAAGAGAGAAGUACCAGUGGGAUUUUACAUGACGGGUGGAUCACGUGUGGUGGUGAUAGACAAUGGGGGUGGUCUUCUUAAGGCUGGUUUUGGCGGGGACAAGGAUCCAAUUGCUGUCGUACCGAACUGUAUAGCAAAGUCUCCUGGUUCCAAUGCAAAUUCGAAGAAAUGGCUAGCGGCUGACCAGCUGCAGGCACAAGAUGUUGAUGUGACUGGCAUGACGUUGAGGCGUCCUAUUGACCGUGGCUACCUUAUCAACACAGAGGUGCAGCGGGAGGUGUGGGAACGGGUCCUGCGCAGCCUGCUCCAGGUGGAUCCGACAAACUCAUCCUUGUUACUGGUGGAGCCGCAGUUCAACCCUCCAGGACUGCAGCAUGCUACCGACGAACUUGUGUUCGAGGAGUUUGGCUUCAACUCUCUUUGUGUUGCAGACGCUCCUUCCCUUGUCCGCCUUUACGAGGCCAGCCGCCAGCCCUCACUCUUUCAUACCCAAUGCAGUCUUGUUGUGGACUGCGGCUUCUCCUUCACCCACGCGUCCCCUGUCCUUCAGAACUUUACGCUGAAUUAUGCUGUGCGGCGUAUGGACCUUGGUGGCAAGGCCCUCACAAACUAUCUCAAGGAGCUUGUUUCGUACCGAUCCCUUAAUGUCAUGGAUGAGACCCUCCUCAUUGAUGAUGCAAAGGAAAAGCUAUGCUUUGUAUCCCUUGAUGUCCCUCGUGAUCUUCGCCUUGCCAGUUUAUCAUUCAAGGACAACCCAUUUAGAUGUUCUUACAUUCUCCCUGAUGGCAUAACAUACAAGAAAGGGUUUGUCAAAGAUUUGGAUGAAGCACGUCGAUACUGUUCUCUGCCUGUUGAAGGAGAAUUAGAUAAAAAGGAUGGUGACAGUGACACAGUCAAGGAUCGAAAAAAGCCUGAACUAAGUCAAAAUGAAUUUGCCUUGACCAACGAGAGGUUCCUUGUCCCGGAGAUGCUUUUUCAUCCAAUUGAUCUGGGCAUGAAUCAAGCGGGCCUUGCUGAGUGUAUUGUUCGUGCUGCACAAGCCUGCCAUCCAUAUAUUCAACCUGUGCUUUAUCAGAGCAUCAUCUUGACAGGCGGAAGCACGCUGUUCCCUCGGUUCGCUGAAAGAUUGCAGAGAGAACUUCGACCUCUUGUGCCCGAGGAGUACCAGGUGAAGAUAAUCUCUCAAGAGAACCCGAUCCUUGGUGUCUGGAGAGGAGGAUCUGUCCUGGCGUCCAGCCCCGAUUUCGGGUCGAUGUGCGUUACGAAAUCAGAGUACGAGGAGAUGGGGUCGGCACGGUGCCGCCGAAGAUUCUUCCACUGAAGAGUUGCUCAGUAGAUAGGACAAUGUAGCCUGUUUUAGAUGGCGUGUUUAGCAAGUGGCAUGCGAAUUAGGGGUUUGUCUUCUACAAAAGGUUUAGCAAGUUCAGUAUUUGCACUAACAAAUUUAACUAAUGCUUAGUUGGCCAUGGCCCAUGAGACUAGAGGUUGUCUUCCCCAUGCAUCCACGCAUGCAGAUCAACUUUGUGUGAAUGGAUUCAGUUGUGGGUGGGUGGAUUUAGCUACUGGGAAUUUCAGAUUUUCCUGAGGAUUUUCUAGCAGCCCUUUGCAGAAAAUUUGUGUCAAGAUAAAUUUGUGUCGUGAUUGCAGAAAAUGAGUUCGUGAAGUUUGGCUGUUGAAAUAACAAUUUGAAACUUGUGUGAAA